AUGCCAUUUCCAUUGGCCGCCCAGAGCGCUCUCGUCGCGGCGGCCGUCGCCAUAGCCACCGCCACCGUCCUCCUCCCCUUCCCAUGGACGCCGCCGGCGCCGCGGGACCGCUUCGCCGACAUGGUCCUGGCCAACGCCACCAUCUACACCGCAGACCCCGCCCGCCCCUUCGCCGACGCCAUGGCCGUCCGCGGCGGCCGCGUGCUCCGCGUCGGCACCUACGAGUCCGUCAAGGAGCUCAAGGGUCGCCACACGCAUGAGCUGAGUCUCAGUGGGAACGUGGUGCUGCCGGGGUUCAUCGACUCCCAUGUCCACUUCAUCGAUGGUGGAUUGCAGCUAGCGAGGGUGCCACUUCGAGGGGUCAGAAGCAAAGAUGACUUCAUUGGCAGGGUCAAAGAAGCUGUCAGAGAUAAGCAUCCUGGGCAGUGGAUCUUGGGCGGAGGUUGGAACAAUGAUUUUUGGGGAGGUGAACUCCCUGCUGCUGCUUGGUUGGAUGAUAUAUCACCUGAUAAUCCAGUUUGGCUCUCUCGCAUGGAUGGUCAUAUGGGAGUAGCCAAUUCAUUAGCUAUGAAGAUUGCUGGGAUUGACAAAAACACAAACGAUCCAAUUGGUGGAACUAUAAUACGAACAACCGAAGGAGAGCCUUCUGGUCUUCUAGUUGAUACUGCUAUGAGGCUUAUAUUUGAUGUCAUUGAAAAAGUUUCUAACCAUGAAAGAAGAGAGGCUCUUCUUAGAGCAAGUAAACAUGCCCUAAUGAGGGGAGUGACUACUGUUGUUGAUGUUGGAAGUUACUUCCCUGGGGCCUCAACCGAGAAAACUUGGCAAGAUUUUGCAGACAUCUAUAAAUGGGCUCACUCAAUGGAAAAAAUGGUUAUUAGAGUAUGCUUAUUCUUCCCAAUGCCCACAUGGUCUCGUGUUUCCGAUCUUUUUGAUGAACAUGGUCGAUCGUUAAGUCAGUGGAUCCAUCUAGGUGGUGUUAAAGCUUUCCUUGAUGGUUCUCUGGGUUCUUCAAGCGCAUUGUUCCAUGAUCCUUAUGAGGGUGAUCCUGGUAAUUAUGGUCUGCAAGUGAUAGAUUUCGACAGCUUACUUAAUAGAACACUAGAAUCUGACAAAUCUGGACUCCAGGUUGCCAUACAUGCAAUUGGGGAUAAAGCUAAUGACAUGCUACUGGAUAUGGUUGACAAGGUUGUUGAUUUAAAUGGAGUGAAGGACCGUAGAUUCCGGAUUGAGCAUGCCCAACAUCUGGCUCCAGGUGCAGCAAACCGCUUUGGGAAGCAUGGUAUCAUUGCAUCCGUGCAGGUUUCAGACAUCAACCCCUUGCAAGCUAUCCGAACUGCAAUGUUCCGUAAGCCUCCUGGAUGGGAGGUCCCCUGGAUCCCUGCAGAGCGCUUGACCCUGGAUGAAUCACUAAAAGCGCAUACGAUGUCUGCUGCCUACGCCUGCUUCCUGGACCAUGCCGUGGGCAGCCUUUCUGAAGGGAAAUACGCCGAUUUUGUGGUGCUGCCCUCAACAUCGUGGGACGAAUUCUCCAACGGUGUGCCAGGGCAGGUCCUGGCGACGUACGUGAGCGGCAGGCAGGCCUAUCCAUCAUAG